UCAUCACUUACCAAACGCCCCUCUGUCUCUUUCCCAAUCUCUCUCUCUCUCUCUCUCUCUCUCUCUCACCUCACUCCGCCAUUGAAUCGAAACACCGUCGCAGAUUCAAACCAAUUCCAAUUCACACAUAAACCCUAAUUAAUCCCACGCGAUCCCAAUUCACCCAAUCUCAAUCCCAAAUCCCAAUUCACCCAUGAAUUAUCAUCAUUCAUCAUCCUCCUCCUAAUCCCAACCCAAAAAUUUAACAAAAAAGAAACCAGUUUCUUCUUCAUCUUCAGAUAUAUACACAUAUAUAGAGAGAGAAAGAGUGGAUUACAGUGGAGCAAGUUAGAGAGAGAAAUGCCAAGUGUGGCUGUCAAGCUCUAUAGCGUGUUCUUCAAGUUCCUCUUGAAGCACCGUCUACAGAACCGAAUUCAAGCCCCACCGGAAACCUCCGACCCGUUUGGCGUCACCUCACGACCCGAAGAAUCCGUCGCCGCCGCCAAUCCUUCCUUCACCGACGGCGUCGCCACCAAAGACAUCCACAUCGACCCAUUCACCUCUCUCUCCGUCCGAAUCUUCCUUCCCGAAUCCUCACUCUCCCCGCCCGAGCCUCAUUCCAAACCUCACCCGUCUUCCAAGCCUAGGUCCCACCCUGUCUACGAUCCACAGCGCGGAUCUGAUCCGAGCUCGCGGCGGAACAGCUACCCGCACCGGGAUGAGCCUCGGGGGAACAGUUAUGGACCCAGCAAUGGCGUUGAGGGUUUGAAUUUGAUGUCCGGCGGCGCCGCCGCCGGCUACCGGGGGUACGCGCCGGGGAUGGAAGGUCGCAGGAGGAAGCUACCGGUGAUGCUGCAGUUCCACGGCGGAGGUUGGGUCAGCGGGAGCAAUGAUUCAGUGGCGAAUGAUGUGUUUUGCCGGCGGAUGGCGAAGCUAUGUGAUGUGAUUGUGGUGGCUGUUGGGUAUCGGUUGGCGCCGGAGAGUCGGUACCCGGCGGCUUUUGAUGAUGGGAUGAAGGUGCUGACUUGGCUGGCGAAGCAGGCGAAUUUGGCAGAGUGUAGCAAGUCGAUGGGGGUUGGAAGGAUUGGUGGUGGUGCUGGUAGUGAGUUCAACAAAUCAGAUGCUCAUAGGCACAUUGUUGAUACCUUUGGAGCUUCAGUGGUUGAGCCUUGGUUGGCUGCUCAUGGAGAUCCGACAAGAUGUGUCCUUAUUGGAGCGAGUUGUGGUGCAAAUAUAGCAGACUACGUGGCUCGGAAAGCUGUGGAAGGAGGCAAACUUCUAGACCCUGUCAAGGUCGUAGCACAGGUCCUGUUGUAUCCAUUUUUUGUUGGAAGUGUUCCCACACAUUCUGAAAUAAAGUUGGCAAACUCCUACUUUUAUGACAAGGCCAUGUGUAUGCUUGCAUGGAAGCUUUUCCUACCCGAGGAUGAAUUCAGUUUGGACCAUCCAGCUGCUAAUCCCCUUGUCGCAGGACGGUCUCCUCCAUUAAAGCUUAUGCCCCCAACGUUGACAGUGGUGGCAGAGCACGACUGGAUGAGGGAUCGAGCCAUUGCUUACUCGGAGGAGCUUCGGAAGGUGAAUGUUGAUGCACCUGUUCUUGAGUAUAAGGAUGGAGUACAUGAAUUUGCGACGCUUGACGUACUUCUCAAAAGCCCCCAGGCCCAGGUUUGUGCUGAGGACAUUGCCAUCUGGGUCAAGAAAUAUAUUUCACUUCGAGGUCAUGAAUUCUCAUAUUGAGUAGGAUAUAACAAAUUAAGACGAGGAUUGGCGGGGAGAUAUUUUCUUCAACUUCAAAAUUAGCUCUCGAUCGCUCUUUUGCUACUAUUACCUGGGAUGGGGGGUAUUAUAUUAUUUGAUUGGUUUUGAUGGUUGAUAAGGUGUUGGAUGUUGACUGGUUCCAUCUUGGUACCACCUGCCAGUCUGCCAUUUUUUCGUGUAAGAUAGACUUGUCUGAGACUGUAGGAUUAGUUGAGCCAGUGAGAUGCAUUCAUUUCAUGCAUACCACAUUUGGAUAUUUCUCUGCCAUUUUUUCCUGUGUAUUAUGAUGUCCUAUUUCUCAUGGAAAUAUAUAAUGUUCAGUGAACCAUUCUCUUAA